GGCAGGCAGGCAGGCAGGCAGGCCGCUCGCUCGCUCCCAGGGCUACGCUUGGCUCGCUUUGGUGGUCGAGCGUGGGGAGUGUGGCAGACGGGAAUUUGUGGCGAGGGGCGGGGAGGCCUGGGCUCGUCGUCGAGCCUGCGGGUUCAAUGUCCGUCGUCUCGUUGCAAGGAAGCGAGCGAGCGAGCUGACUGAGGCCGAGCCCGAGACCCAGCAAGAGCCCGGAGGAGAUUGAAGGCACGAGUGUGAUGCUGCCCGUAUUGCGCUGCUCUCCGGGCCCAAACCAGAACCUCUCGGCUCGCAUCGUGUCCUGUCGGCGAGGUGGGUGGACCGCCUGCUCUGCCACCCCCGGGCCUGCGCGUGUCAAGCUUCAUGGGAACCCGAGCGAAAACGCGAUUCUGAUUUCUCUGGUCGGAGUCCAAGUGGAGCGAAUUGCGCCCGCCGGAGAAAAAGUGCAAUUGGACGUGGGAGUCGUCGGAGCAGGAACAGGGGCGUUCGCCGAGGAAGGCGAGACGGUCGGGGAAGAGGACGAGGCAGAGGACGCACGGGCAAGAGUAGGAGGGGUGCCGGACGAGGAGCAGGGAUUGCGUCUGAUUCAGGAGCAGAAUAAUGCAGUGUUGUUGGCGCUGUCUUGGAGCAAGGGCAUGGUUCCAGAACUACGAUGAUAUUCAAACCUGCGCUGUCGUUCUCCUCUAUCUGCAGGUGGUAAUCUGCUUGAUUGGUUCUUUGGGUGCUUCGUACACGGGAGUCCUGGUGGCCAAUUUGACUCUCGCGCUGUUCGCUUUGGUGGCUAUUGAAAGUGGCAGUCAAACCCUCGGGCGAACAUAUGCUGGGCUGUUGGCUUUUGCCGUCGUCAUUGACAUCGUCUGGUUCAUACUCUUUACUCAAGAAAUCGGGCAAAAGGAGGAGGACUCCACCUUCGGAAGGUUCUCCAUUUUCUCUCUCAAGCUUGUAUUCUGGAUGCAAGUGAUUGGAUUCUCUGUGCGCUUCCUCUCUGGUUUCCUUUGGCUGCAAAUGUAUCGCCUUGGUGUAGCAGCGGACAACUCAGCCAUGUACCAACCAGUCGAUUUUGAUGGACGAAUUUCCACAUUUGGGUUGACACAACACGAAGCAACUUCACCUUCCAAUUCGAUUGCCACCAGUGACGAAGUUUUAGGAGGCUCCAUAUACAAUCCGGCGGCCUAUGCGAAUCUCUUCGACCAGUUCACAGACGAGCCGUAUUUUGGCACUGAGGGGUCUAAGGAAUCCGAAAUGUUCAAUGGAGAAAACUCCGUUCAACAACGUCGGCCGCCAGACAUUGUGGUCUCUCACAUGAAGGUGGGAAAGGAGAGUAAAAGCAUUGGAGUCACUUAAAUACUCAGACUGUUAUGAAAACUAUCCUUUCUGGUUUUCAAGGGAAAAUACUAUUGUUGCCGGUAGACGACAGUUUUAAGGAUCUACGUGACCUUCGAAGGCAGGAGACGUACUUCACCCAGCAAUGCAGAUCGCAUUCAUUGAAGGGACAGGUGAGCCUAAAUGCAUGGAGGCUGCAUUGCUGGACCCGUCUUACCAUCGGCAGAUUCUUUUUGUCUGGUGUUUCAGUAGUACUGAGGUACGAUCUGGUCACGCUGGUCUGGACGCUUCGGUCUUUUCCCUCUUGCUUGAUUAGCAGUCAACAAAGCUCCGGUUGAAAUUGCACACUGAAGCAAAAAUGUCAAAUUCAUUUCACAUGCGAAAAGUUGGCUACGCCUGGAUGACUGGGGGAAGAUGCAUCUUCUCAAAUUUGAAGAAACAACGACAAAUUCUUCUUUUAGGUCCUGUUCAGAUAUGGGAAAGUUUAGUGAGUGUUGAUACAGUUUUGUAUUUGUUGAUGGAAAAUCGCACAUUGACCCCAUUGGAUUGGUUCUAUACAACCUGUGAAUUAGAUUACGAGGUUUAGAGUAGCCGUGAACAUUGAAAAUGCAGUUUGAGAAUGUGAGUAGGAUAUCACCCAGGCAUUUAGAUGAUAAUCGCAAUCACAAAGUUACACCAAGGUGGUUUGUGACCACAAAAAUGCUACCGAAGAUGAGAGUUUGAAGAUGUGAAGGAACUCUAGUGAAGAGCAUCUGGCUUCCUGUUUGUACAGUCAGUGAAGUGAGAAAUUCCUCCGAGGUUUUCAAAUGGCACUUCUCAUAAUCAGGAAUGCGGUGUAGGGCUGACUCAAGUGAGUAUCCAUGUACUAACUGAGAGUUAUGGUGACAGCGUAGUCUUGACAAUCUUACGGGCAUUAUUUUAUCGGAACCCUAGUUUUUGUAGAAAGUAACUUUAGGAAUUGCAUUUGUAGAGUUGAGUUUACGUUUUGUACAUGGUCCGUUAUCAGUCAUACAAUAAAGUGCCAGAAGUCGAUACGCCGCUCGUAUCCGCUUUUGGCUGUGAAAAAUUGGUCACUUCCAAGGCUUACUGCCUCCUUUCCGGGACACUGCCGGCUCGCUAGACUCAGGAGCCAUUAAGGUAGACAGCAGUCGUCUACAGUGCAGAUUUCAAUCGUCGUCUACUAUAGAUACAGCAGACAUGCCCCGUGUAGUGCAGAAACUCGGUGAUUUCUGAAGUGUGCUAUACGGGAACAAAGAAUGUAAUAUGUUUUCACAGAGAUGGUCCACGCGAAACU